GUUUUUCCUUUGCUUCACUUUAGGGCUUCCUUUUGGUGUUUGGAAGACACAAGCAUAGGGAUAGUGAGAGUCCUCGGCUAUGCCUGGCCAAAUCGUAAUGCUCCUGUGUCAGAAAGAAACCAUGAGAAUAAUUCGAGCUAAGCAAGACACUUUCGCUGACACACCACCCCCUGAAAUAGCCACAGGAGCCGACAGCACCGUGGACAAGAAGAAGUACAAAGCCAACGACCGCCGACGCAUGAAGUUCCGCCCAAUCUACCGAAUCUGGGUAGAGGAAUUCCUCCCCCGCUGCCGAGCCAAGGGCCUCUUCCGCCCACCCCUUCCGCCCUCGCCCGCGGAGCCCGACGCCGCCACCACCUCCACCACCACCACCUCAGAACACGCGCGCCUCCUCGUUCGCGACGAAGCCUUCGCCCGCUUCCCCGGCGCCGGAGCCGAGUACGCCGUCCGCCUCCACGAGUGGCGCGCCGAGCGCCAGCGCGACGAGAUCCUCCGCUCCGUCAUCAAGGGCGAGAUCCCUUCCUCGUCGGCCUCGGACCCGGCCUACCGCGCCUGCCUCGUGCGGGCCCUGCGCGAGAUCCUCCUGCCCGGAGAACAGCAGCAGGGGCAGAGCCGGAAGCAGCACGCCAGCCUCGGCCCAGAGGCCGUCGCAGCGCUGGCGCCCGCGAGGCCUAUCAGGGGUGCCGACGGCCUGUACGAUGUUGAUGCUGCGCGGGAGUUUGUGCGGGACCGCUGGGAGGAGGUUGGGAAGGUUGCUUGGGAGGCGCAGCUUGCUAGGGCUAGUGGCCAGCCUUGGGGUGUCAAGCUUGAGGUGGAGGAUAUCCUGGAAGAGAAGGUGGAGGAUAAGCUGGAAGAGAAGGUGGAGGAGAAGGGGGGUGAGAAAGUGGGGGAGAAAGUGGGCGAGAAGGAGGGAGAAGAGUGAUUUCCUUUCUGCGGGACGGCGGCAUACGGCGGCGUAUUUGCUUGCUUGGGUUGGGCUUCUUACUUUAGGCGCUCAGGGUAGAGGGAUCAAAGUUUCUUCUGAGGCAUGGAUUUUUUGUAUGAUCUUCUUGCUCGUUGGGUUUGGUUGGCAUUUAGAGACCCGGAUACCCCCGAUAACUGAGGUGGUCAAUUAUUUCAUGGACCGCUCCUAAUACUAGAUAAUUCCACCCUAAUCAUCCAGC